AUGGGUGGCAAUAUUGCCGCGACAGGUCAUUUCGAGUGUUCUGCAAUAGGCAUUUGCCGUUUGAAGCAUAUGUUUCGACAAUCUGUAUUCAUUUUGCUAACCUGGAUGAAAGUAUUGGAUUCGUGUAUUCCAACACAAUUCGUGAACAAUGAUGGAUCAUUGAGUGGAAGAACGCCUUCAUCAUCUCAAACGACAACCUUCCCCGCGUCGUUGACCACCACUCCCACUGCCGGAGGUCCAACAACAACAACAACUACGACUACAACUACAACUACCACCACAACAACUGUUGCAACUACCACAACCACUGUAACUGAACCACCGUUCCCUUGUAACGCAUGCCCAAAAGUUUAUGAUACUACUUGUCAAGGAUUUGGAAUUCCAAAUUUGUUACAGUGGUGUCCUACGGCUGUUGAAGCUGGAAUAGAAUAUACCUUAGGCCUUAUUACGGCGAUUUUUCCAUUUAUACCAGCAGGAUCAUGCGGCACCGUCAUCACUUGCCCAUUAACAACUGCUUUGAGAAUAAAAAUACUGGGGGCUGAGAUACCAGCCCCCGUUUUUUAUGCUUGGUGCGAAGAGUCCGGCUCAAGAGCAGGAGUAUGGUAUACUGGCACAAUUCUUACUCCGAUAGAGCUUGUUUCAUUGGCCUGCAAACCGAUUAUUUAGAUGCAAGCCAAGUAUCUAGGAUCAUAUACCAACUAAUAAUUUAAAUGAUUUUUAUAUCAAAAAUGUUUUUUAGAACCGUGAUCACUUUCCCACUGACAACCAGUUUGAGGUUCAAAUUUCUGGGUUCUGAAAUUGCUGCUCCUGUGUUUUUUGCAUGGUGCGAAGAGUCGGGUUCUAAUGCUGGAAAAUGGUACACACUUUUAACGAUACUUCCGGUUGAACUUGUUUCUCUUUCCUGCGUACCACUUUUGUCAGGAUAGAUAUAAUUUCUCAUCUAAUAAUCAUACACAGUUGAAGUGUCUGGUACUGCAUAAAUAAUAAUUCUAAUAAAACUAAUAAAAAUGAAUUAACAAUGCUCAA